UCGGGAAUGACUUGUGAGUUUGUUUGAUUUUUAAGCCCCAGGCAUAGAAACAAUAGGCAGUUCUUGACAAUUUUGAGAUUUGAUAAGACUUUAUGCAGAUGGAUUCCAUUCAAAACAUAGUUUAUUAUUGCUGUGUUGCCAAGGGAAAUAGGGUUCUUUACACUUACGAUGCAGGAGAUCAAGAAAUCGAGGCACUGGUUGCAGUUUUCUUAGAGAGAACCCCACCUUUUCACAUCUGGUAUUUCAAAACAGUUGGGCAAAGGACUUAUGGAUUUCUAAUGGAAGAUGGGUACGUUUAUUUCACUAUUGUAGAUGAAGUUCUUGGAAAUGCAAGGGUCCUCCGGCUUCUAGAACAUGUCAAGGAUGGGUUUAAGAAGGUGGUGAAGAACGGUUCGAGGAGUAAUUUAGCUAGUUCGAACCCCAUCUGCAUAGAAGAACAACUGCGGAUGGUUCUCGCAAUUGAUGCAGUUAUCUGCUUGGUUUUGUUUGGGAUUUGGUUAAGGAUUUUCCACGACUUUCAGUGCAUUCGUUGAGAUAGCUCUCUUGAUCUUGAAUUGGAGUGGGAUUAUGCUUGUGUGGUAUUAAUGAGCAUUUCUGUAGAAUUGAUAAGUGACAUAAAUGCUUUUUACAUAAAACAAAAAUGGUUUUAUUGAGAAAUUUGCAGGAACAUUUUGUUGUAUAUAUAUUACACACCUUUGUAGAGUAUAGUCCCAAAUCUAGGCAUGUGAAAAAAGCAUACAAAUGAAAUCCAGCAGUUUAGUGUGUAAUAGUAAAAUUCCGUCCUUUCAGGCCUGCUGCAGGACAUUCCGACUCACAGAAAGAUGAACAGGGUAUCCCAAUUCACGCCUCGCAUACAAAGGUAUGAACGCUGAAAUAGCUCCUGCAAUUCUUAGUUAUUCCUUGUACAUGUUUUCCACAGCUUUUAUAGGAAAGCAAUGUUGUUAUCUUACAUGAAAAAUGUAUAAGAUUUCCUGCUAUUUCUGUAUC